AUGUCUAAAAUAACCGAGACUCUACGUCACCAACUACAUAACAUCACGAUCGUGGUACCACAUCAGAUCCACGUGCGUCUUGUAGGGAAUGUAUUUCACGUGUCGACCUGCUCAAAGCCAUACAAGGACAAAUGGAGCAGCUGUUUAACAACAAAUCGAGACAUCAAAGCGUACGCCGGGUAUGAGCGCGGCAGCUGCGUCCUUGGUGGUCUUCAAUGGGUGCCUCGAGCAACCUGGGCCCGCCAUUUAGAUUCGAGUUGGGGGCCCCAUUGGAUGUGCGAAGAAGAUUUGGAGAACAAGAAGUUUGAUGUAUCUCUGCUCCUCUCUUGCAUGAAAACGUGCUUAUACAUCCGGAUACACCGAGAUCCGAAUUUGGAUGUCACGCACUGCAAUUACUCACGUUACCGAUCUAGAGACUCUCGCUGGCCUAGGUACAAAAGUGCCAGCGCCGUCUCCCGACCAUCUUCCUAUCAUCCUAGUUGA